AGGCACCAUUGUUUCAUCCCAUCUCGUAGUAGUAUGCGUAUGCUUGAAGUUGAUCAGCUCGAAUGACACUUUGAAUACCACCGGACUUAUCCGGGAAUUGAAACUCCGGAUUCUGCCAGGCACCUGGCACUUGGGCUAACUUUGACGAUGCUAGGCAUCUGAAGGUGCUGCUGUACAAUUCGACUGUGGAGUAGAACAGGCUCUCUCGACGCUCCAUUAUUAUUAUUAUCUUGCCCUGUGACGAGCACAUAGAAAUUACUACAACCAGUCGACGUAAACCGGCGGGGAUUGCGUGGUUGAAAAAUAAGCGCUUCAUGUUAACCUGACGUGUUGGCUAUGCUUAGAUGGAUCCAGACAAAGCAUCAGAUGUCCGUUGUCUUGUCAAGUGUUACCCCCAACGUUUCUCACACUGACUUGAUUCAAACCUACGACCACUCGCAAUGAGUGAAGCCCAUAAACUCGAUCCUCCUCCAGAAGCCAACAAAUCCAGCCAAGCAAAUGCGAAUGCUGGUGAGAGCCAGAGCGCCGAACAUCUGAAAGGAGUCCGUCAAUCCCUACGGAAAUUGAAAAAUGGGUUCACAAAAAAAAUUCCCAAAACCUUCAAGCGAAAAGGUAACCGUGCCGUUGCGGUCCAGAAUGUCGAACUUGAAGGCCCUUCUGGACUCGCUGUACAGGUUCAGGCUGCUCUUUCUGGCAUGGAGAAAGGUCCUCAUCCCCAAUUGGUUGAUGUUGAACUUCAGGGUGCCCGUGAGGGUACGGAAAGCAUGAGGUUACUCGGAGAACGUUCGAAUUCUGUGGCGUUCGCAGCCAGCAAUGCCCCAGGUCUCACCACCAUGAAUGAUUUUGACACGACAUAUCUUCAACCCCUGAAGAUUAUCGACGCUGUCCUUGAGAAGAUUACGGAUGUGCAUCCGUACGCAAAAAUGACGCUGGGUGUCCUAUCUGCUGCGUCCAAAACUAUAAUCGCUCAAGCAGAGCGUGACCAAUCAGUUCAUUGUCUUCUCGAGAAAUUGGCUGAAGUUUACAGCUUCAUGACCCAAGACGACACACUUGGCAAAAUUAAAUCGAUGCGCGAUAUCGUUGGAAAGAUUGUUCAACAGACUCUUGAGUGUGCCCGUUUCAUCAGGGACUACUCUGAGACGAAGAGCUUCUGGAAGAGACUUGGGAAAACCGUUCUCUCGGAAACCGAUGCCAUCAUUAAGAAGUACAGUGACAGUUUAGA